UUGGAGUUGGGAGAAGUGCUGCUCGCAGUAAAAUAGGACAAGUUGACGCAUGUGUGGGAGCGCUGAUAAACGCAGACACAAUAGCUCAGUCGGUAAACGCAGAGUUUUAUUGAUUCGUCAUUCAGAAGAAAAGGGUUCUAGAAGGAGUUGGAGAAAAGCCGGGAGGCAAUUUAAACUGGUAUCUUUCAAGAGGGGGUGUUUAUUUAUCCGCCCUGUAACCUCAACAAGAAAACGCAGCCUUUGCGGAAUAGUCACAUUGAAGACGACACGUGUGGAUGGUUAACCACAUGUUUUCGGGAAGGACUGCGGUCUGAUCACUUCAUUGCAUCCGUUUUGUCGGAUUGUUUUAUACAGUGUAUAGAUACUCUCGAUAGUUUCUUUUCUCCAUCCGGAUCUGCUACAGUGAUGUCGGAGGUUGACGUCUCUUCAGAGUUUGUCCCCAGCCGACCACCGGGGCGGACAGAGGACACGUUGAAAGAGAACCAGGAGAACAGGACUUUGCUGAUGGUGGCAAUGAUUUUAUUGGACUUGAACAAAUGCAAUCCCAAUGUUAUCAGCACUGGGGCCAGCAGAUGUCUCGGGGGCAGCGACACCGGCACGCAGGAGAAGGUGGAGCGGGGGAGUUGCCGAUUGAACGCCGGGGACAGCCGGGGCCCGGUGGGAACUAAACAGUCCCGGAACAAGAAGGCGGCAGUGGCAGUGGUAAGGAGACAGGAGUCCCCUGAGAAGAAGCACUCCUGCCCCUUUGCCGGCUGUGGGAAGAUGUACGGCAAGUCGUCCCACCUCAAAGCCCACUUAAGGGUCCAUACCGGUGAGCGCCCCUUCGAGUGUACCUGGUCCGAGUGUGGCAAGAAGUUCUCCCGAUCAGAUGAACUGACACGUCACUAUCGUACACACACGGGUGAGAAGCGCUUCAACUGUCCAAUGUGUGACAAGUGCUUCAUGAGGAGCGACCACCUGACUAAACAUGCCCGGCGACAUGCAGGCUUCCAUCCCAGCAUGCUCCAGGGCUCCAGUGCGGCUAAGAGACGCCGCUGCUCCCUGUCUGUGUCCUCUGAUUCUGGUGACCAAAGCCCUGCAGGGGUGUGAGUUACACCCAGCAUUGUUAAUUACUGUAGUAUAUACUGUACAUAUAUACAUAAUGGUACAUGUAGUAGAUACAGAGGCUUACACAAACAUGGACACACUCACACGUGUGGUGUGCACACUUACAUGCAAAUUCCUUCAAGCCAGACAACCCAACCAGCCAGGCCACUAUUCAGAGAGGUUUUCUGCUACGCAUGUAACAUUGGGCAACAGCAAAAAAAAAAACAUUUUGAACCUGACUGUAAUCAAACUAGAGCUUCACCCUCUUCUUCCCUGAGGUGACUGGUAUUUAUUUAGGGUUAUUCAGGGUCUGCCAGACAGGUGUAGUUGUUUUGACAUUUGUAAUUAUUUUAAUUUGUGUUGUGUGAUGUGUUUUCGUGGAAGAAUCUGCCAUCCAAGUGGUAUUCAUGUACAUAUAUAGUUUUCAUAACCACUAUGUGUCUUCACUUUGCAUUACAGACUUUUGCAGAUGAAGAAACAAAAUCUUGCGACUGAGAUGUUCCCAGUGUGUCAAAAUGUUUUGGGAAUAGUCCUUCAGUGAAUGUUAUUAUUGCACACAUAAACACAUACUUCCACUUGUACAAUUAUUCUUCAGUCCGGAACAAGGCAAAUGUACAGUAUAGUAGUAUUAUCAUGUAAAUAGAUUAUACAUACCACAUUUCAAAUGGAUGAUAUACUCAUUAUACUGUAGUUAAGUGUUAUUAGAGAGUAAUAAGACAAAGCUAUAAUAUAGAGAAUUACAGAGCUUGGAUAUUUAAUUUCAUACAUUUGGCUAUGGACUUAGUAAAUCAGGUAUACUGUGAGCUUGUAGGUAUAGGCAGUGUGUUUCCUGUGUUGAAACAUAAAUGUUGUCACAUGAUGAUGAACUUGCAAAUAAUUGUACCAAAACACCUUUACAAUACUUACAACAAGACCAUAAUAUAUAAGCAAACCUCAUGCAUAAAGAAAGUUCAUCUUUUGGGUUCCUCUUUCAGGCUUGCAUUGUGUCAGUAGUACAGGAAACAUAACAGGGUAAAGCCUUGAAAAGCUUAAGUGGAAACUUGACUUUUUCACUUUUGUGUUAAGACCACAGUGAUUAAUGUUUAGUAAAAGUGUGCAAACUGUAAACAGGAAUGUCUGUGCCUUUUAAGGGUUUUGUAGCAGAGAGAAAUUUCUACAUUUUCAACCUUUGGAAAUACUACGUGAACGAACAUUGUCAGAUUAUUUAUGUUGAUAUUCAAUACUUUGAAUAUCAAUGACUGUCUCUUAUAUAUGCCAACAGUGCCAGUUGCUGUACAUUGAAACUAACUUUUGUUUACUCUAUAUCUGGACUGAGUUUUAUCAGGGAAAAAUGUGAUUCAUGGUCAUUUCAACUAAUAUUACACCCCCUGGUGGUGACAUGGAAGCACAACAUUUCUCACAACAGAAAGUCAUAAAACCUUUUUUAUUUUCUGUCUUAGCAUUUUAAGGCACACUCUCGUGACUGGUUUAUUUGUGAAUCAAUGAAUUCCAUCAUGUAGCAUGUUUGUAUGUAUUCGUUUGGUACAAUGUAUUUUUUAUUUGUCUGGUAAUCUUUUAUAAUAUUACUAAUAGGAUGAGAAGUCUUAUUCGUCCACUACAGUAGCCAGAAACAUGUCAUGAUGUCAUUAGAUUUCUUUUUAUACUUGCCACAUAAUGCAUUGAAACAUCCAGGUAGAGUGUAAAGUUAGGUCUAGUUAACCUAGAACACAAACUACAUACAUUUGUAAAGUGAAACGCUGUUUUUCUUUGCUGGCAUUAUGACAACUGUGAUUAGAUGUUGGUGCCUUUCAGGUCGGAGCCCUUACUUCUGAUGUUACUGUACUGUAAUCAGGGACUGUCAGUACAGACCCCAUGUUAUCGCAAUAUACAUAGCUGUGUAAUAAUUACUGCUCAAAAGUUUUAACAUUAAAAUAAUUUUUUCUUUCUAAA